AUGGAGCGUAGUCAGGCAUUCGAUGGCUCGCCGUCCCAUGCUAUGGGUAUAGCUGAGACGGGAUCCUUUGAUAUAUUGGCUGCGGUUUGUGAUGAGUUUCCACAUGCUGCAGAUGAUGUUGGUGAGCACACUUCGAUAGAUCAUCAUUUAUCUGCUGGAAAUUCUGAUGCGACUUUUGAUUUAGCGACGGCUUUUUCUGAUGAGGAAGUUGAAUUUGUCCGGCGGGAAGAGGAGUCCGGGAUGCAGCAGUUGCGGAGAGCAGAACCUGUGCAUGAUGCUGCGCCUGUGCAGCCUGUGCAGCGCCUGGCUUCCAUUGACAGCCAGAACAGCUCGUCUACCCGGUCUACUUACUCUUUGAAGGGUAAGGUAGGCCGAGGACGACAUGGAGACAGGAUCGAACGUCAGCUGAUCUGUUCGCAUAUGCGUGCAGAAAAGCGGGCGAAACACAAUCAUGAGAAUGCCGAGGCUUUGGUGAAAGCAUUGCAACACUCGUCUUUGAAAAAGGAUGGGGCGACAUUCAACUUGGUCGCUAAGCAUCGACGGAAAGGCGGUGUGGAAGUAGUGUUGCACAAGGCUUCGGCGAAAGGCAAUCGAUAUGUCAGGAAAAUUCAUUUCAUGAAGUUCUUGCAGGCAGCAUAUGGGAUGAGCACUGCCAACGUAGCAAUAGCUGCGUCGCUUGACGUGGAUGCAUCGACUGUUCCCAGGCUCCAGAAGACGUGUGCUGGUAUCUACAUGAAUGUGCAAUCCAAGCUGCUCGCCCGUCUUUACAACUACUGCAGACAGUUUCCUCCCGCAGUUGUUCAUUAUCAUGUGAAGUGGGACGAAACAACUGUUGCAACAAGUCUUAAUCCUGGCGGCAGCACUCAGAGUGUUAGAUCAGCAUGGUCAGUGCUUGUGGUGAGAACCAGGCUGCUGGUAAGUUGGCCGUCAGGCGGCCAGUGGCAAAUGCGGGUUGCGAUGCCCACGAUUCCCCUUAUGUCCAGCUCAGCCGACCAGGUCUACUACGGUCUUCGUUAUCACCCGAGUUUCUACGCACUGAAUCAAAUAUUGAAGUUGAUCGGGACCACUGCUCAGAUACGCUGUAAUCUACAUGAGAUAGAUGGAGCCUAUUCAAAUGUGCGGUUACAUCAUCAUCUGUUGUCUCAGCCGCGGUUCGAUCCUUCCAAGCCUGGUGGCGAGUUCAUAGAUACAGUGAGAUGUCAAAGUCACGCCACACAUCUGAUAUCAGUGUCGAUGAUGGCAUUGAUCGGAGGAAAUCUGAUGAGCAGGCUAUACGGACUUGCAGUGUUCGUCAGGAACUUGGGGUAUUUGCUGAGACUCCAACUGGCUCUGAAGAAGUGGCUGGAAGAUGCCCAGCUUCUCUUGGACAAUCUGGAAUGGACUGCAGGUGAUGACCAGCCUUCAGACAGCCAGGACCCGCUCAUGAGAGAGACGAUUGACUUUCUUCGUACGUGGCAUCAUGGACGAGAAUCCGAAGGGGAGGCCGUGAUCCAGGAGGACGGGGCAUGCAGUUCCCGUCGCAGCACACAAUUUGAGAAGAAGCUUGCAGCUUUUGAGGAGGUGUGGACUGGUAGUUUCAGUGGCAAACCCAAACAUAAAUCCAAUCAGGGGACACGUGCGGAUGCAGUUGAGAAGAUGGCAUCCACUUUCAUAGCUUUGCUUCUCACGACACUUCCUGCGAUACCUGCCCCCAACAAAUGGACAAAGAUCUUCCCGAUCAGUGACUUCGUUGCGCUGGGUACACUCGUCAAUAACUUCUUGCCCAGCAUCUUUGAGCUAGCUUUUCAGCCCAUCAUGUUCAAGAACACAACAGACACGAGCCAUCAAGAGGAGGACCCGAGGUUAGUCGAGGGCCUGUAUUUCCAUGCUGUUCAGGGCAAGAGAUAUCAUGCAACGAAGACAUUCUUAUCAUGCGGCUUGUCGCAGUGGUGUUGCAGAUGCUGGCUGCUUGUUUCCGAGCACCUUCGGCGUCUUGUAUACCAUUGGUUGCAUAACUUGCAGACGAACAAGAAGGCCAGGCCACGUUUCCCGGUGUGUGAGCUGUUGGAUGUUCGUAGCAGUGCUGCUUUUGCAGUUCUCCAGAACAUUUGCCAUCAAUUGAUGGAUGCUGAUGGCCGGGCUAGGCUUUGCAUGGUCUGGCAGACAUCAGGCUUCACUUCGUAUGCCGACUGGUGUGCUGGUCGGUCAGAAGAAGUCGCCUCGUUGCGGCGAGCUUUGAUGUCGCUGUCGGGGUGGAUCUUUCGACGCCACAUUCAGUACUUUGACCAAUUUCCCUGGUCCUUGCUGUGCCUGAUCGAUCCUAAGGCGGACGGGUCAGUUGUGAAGGAUGUGCAAAAAAAGUGGGAUGGUGCCCACGCCUGUUGCUUGAAUCCGGGUCUUGCACGUGAGCUCAAGAAGUUGAAGGUCAGUGGCGAUGAGCUUGCCACGGAUUCGAAAUGGUGCAGUGUCUUGAGAGGCUAUGCCAAGCUUAUGCAGCUCACCAUCGCGGAUGUGGAAACGAAGCAUGCUCUCAGCAGACAUUGGGCUGACCGACCUUAUCCGACGAUAGUGGCGAAACAUUUGAACCGGGAGGCCUGUGUUUGCGUGCAAGAAGCAAAAGCCUACGUGGAAUCGUUGCAUCAGAGUGAUGCCACGGAUGCUGUGGUGCCAGCUAACUCAGUUGGCGGUGGCGCUGUUCGUUUGCAUGCAAAGCAAGUCCGAGGGCAAUCGGCCGAGAUGCUGUUUCGAACUGAGUUCCAUGCCACAUUGAAGCUGGCAUCGCCAUGUGCACCAGUCAACCCGUGCAGCAAGGAGUUUAGGGCGGAGGCGAAGCAGGCUUGGGAGGCACUUUCGGCGGAGCGAAAGGAGUACUAUGAAGAGAUGUCUCGGCAAUCGCAUGCUCGGGCACAGCAGUGCCGUGCUGAACGCCGUUCCAAAGAAACGGCUGGAUCCGUGCCGCAAGCAUUGCCGGAGCCGGCAGAACAGCCAGAAAGGCAGGUGGCAACGGACUCAGGCUUGCUUCCUCUGCCACUGCCAGCCGGGUCACCAAACCUCGUGGUUCCCUACAACCCCUGGUUGCUGGCCUCAGAUGCCGCUUCAUGUGCCAACAUCCCGGCAAUGGCUGAGCAGAUAAGAGCUGUGAUCCACAAAGGCAAGGGGCAGGAGCUGAAUUUGGCGGAUGAGGUCGUGCGUGAAAGCCCGAUUUCGCAAUCGCAAUUGGACGUGUGGUGGCGCACCAAUUUGGCGCAGAAGCAUACUUGGGCAGAUGCACUUCGGCAAUUCAAUGUCGAGUCUCAGAGGUUCACCGUGCCGCCCGGUGAUGAUCAGUUCCCAGAACGUGUUCAGUACCAGGGCUCCUGUGGGGAGCUAUGCAGAACAUUUUCUUGUCCGAAUGACAUCAUGCUCUUUCAGAAGUUGUUGCAAGCUUUCGACACUGUCAUCACAAAGUGUGGUGAUGGCACAGCUGCCUCAGCAUCGAAGUUGGACAUCCUGCUGCGGAUUAGGCUACAUGCUCAGGUUCCCCGAGAUGACGACGAUACCGAGACCUGUUGCUAUGAGUCUUUCAAGUGGCUGACGGCACUCUCGGCAAGAAGUGGCAUCCAUCCUUCGUCGCAGGUCUUUGUUUCCCUGGAUAAAGCCGAACGGGUGCUUGGAGGACGCACCAAGCUUCGUCUACGGGCAUUGCCGGCAUUGAACUCUGAAGUUCCCUGGUGCUCUUCCUUGCUUGAUGUAGGCCCUCUCCACCAUGAGACCGAGCAGACUGUUGCCAAAACCCUCCUAGGUUUGUGUCACGAUCAUGGGGCCUUCUUCAUAUCUCUGACUCGCAUGUCCUUUUGUGACAUCAAUCUUUCCACCGUGGAAGUUUCUGGUGCGUGGGAGGGUUGGCAGCCACUGGUUGUGCAAGGACGUUCGGCUGAGGCGACUGCAGGCGAUGCCGGAGAAGCUCCAUGUGUGGACGACGAUGACCAAGAUGAUCAAAAUGAGCCUGAGGGUGGAGGCGACGACUUUGACUUGCUGGGCGUGGUGUCCGCCCCUGUGCCUCGUGCCGGCCGCAGAGGGAAAGGGAAAGGACGUGGGAAGCUGAAGUCGUCGCAGGUUCGGAAUAGUCUUGUCGCAGCUAUGCCUUUUGAUGCAUCGCUUCAAGGGGAUCUGGAACGUGAGCUGCAGCAGGUUCUUGAGGACGAGCAAAUCAUGUUGCCAGAGGCUGUUGGCGAAGCACCUUUGUUAGAGCAGAUGCUGCAAGAUCCUGUCAUGGUCGAAACCAUCUCGGCUUCUUCAGCCGCAGAUCUUUGCGAUGCCGUGCAACUUUGUACAGAGGCACAGAAACUGUCGUCAGGGCCAUGUGCUUUUGCAGAGUCUGAUGAAGAACAGAUUCUUGGAGAUUCUGUUCAUGCUGAUCUCGAGGUGGAGCCAGUAGAUGUACAUCCUCAUGUAGCUUCUUCUCGGGACAGCGACCAGGAGCAAGAGCCGUCAUCAAGUUCCACAGCAGCUGGCGCUACGGCUUCAGCACCGGCCACGAGAACGGCAGCCACGAGUACGAGACCGAUGUCGCAACCUGGAACGAAGACUUCACCGUCGGCUGGGCUGGCUGAGACUCUUCUGGGAACUUCUGCGAAUGGCCAUGAUAUCUGUCUUCUGGAAUCAAAGCAUGGGAACACCCCUUUCGAGGUGUGGGAAAAGAUGCCGGGCAAGACCACUGUGCUAGGCAAAGUGAGCAUCAUGAAUUUCGCUGCCAAACCCGUCUACCGUGCGACGUGCAAGAUUCACCGGGGCUGUUGCUUGAUCAGCAAUGGUCUGGAAGAAAGCAAGCUGAUAGAGUGGUUGUCUUUGGCCAGUAGUACCACUGCUCAGGAACAUGCUGAGCUCAGCCGAGAGGUGCGAAUUUCAAUGGGCAUGAAGGUUCGAGCUACGAAAUAG